GCAAAUAAGUAUAAAAUGAUUUCCCCAUAUCCUUUUGAGACAGAGCCCUCUGAAUGCUGUAAGUAUAAUUUUCUCCUAGCUUCUCUCUUCCUCUUUCUGUCUUCCUGUUCAUCCCUUACCCUCUGCUGUCCCCCUCCCCCUCCUCUUCAUUCAGUGGUUGAUUCUGUGCCAGUGAAAUGUCUAUGCCAAGGUCUAGAGAUUGACUGUGAUGAAGCCAACUUACGUGCUGUCCCAUCUGUAUCUUCAAAUGUGACUAUGAUGUCACUGCAGGGGAACUUACUAAGAAAACUUCCCAGUGAUGGUUUCAAGAAGUACCAAGAUCUUCAGAAGCUGUACCUGCAAAAUAAUAAAAUUAGAUCUGUAUCCGUGCAUGCUUUCAGGGGACUGCAUAACCUUACUAAGCUGUAUCUGAGCCACAACAAGAUAACUGUUUUGAAGCCUGGUGUGUUUGAAGAUCUCCAUAGAUUGGAAUGGCUGAUAAUUGAAGAUAACCAACUCAGUAGGAUUUCUCCAUUAACAUUUUAUGGGCUUAAUUCUCUUAUCCUCCUGGCACUGAUGAAUAAUUCUCUUGUCCGUUUACCUGAUAAGCCACUUUGCCAGCAUAUGCCUAGACUACACUGGCUAGACUUUGAAGGCAACCAUAUCCACAAUUUAAGAAACAUGACUUUCAUUUCCUGUAGUACUUUAACUGUUUUGGUAAUGAGGAAAAAUGAAAUCAGCCACUUAAAUGAAAAUAGCUUUGCUCCCCUUCAGAAACUAGAUGAACUGGACUUAGCAAGUAACAAGAUUGAAGCUCUUCCUCCUUACCUCUUUAAGAACCUGAAGGAGCUCUCCCAACUGAACCUUUCCUAUAACCCAAUCCAGAAAAUCAAAGCAGACCAAUUUGACUAUCUAGUCAAACUCAAGUCUCUAAGCCUAGAAGGAAUUGAAAUUUCAAAUAUCCAAAGAAGAAUGUUUGCACCUCUUAGGAAUCUAUCCCACAUAUAUUUUAAGAAAUUCCAGUACUGUGGCUAUGCUCCACAUGUACGCAGCUGCAAGCCAAAUACUGAUGGAAUUUCAUCAUUAGAGAAUCUCUUAGCUAGCAUCAUUCAGAGAGUGUUUGUCUGGGUUGUAUCUGCAGUUACAUGCUUUGGAAAUAUCUUUGUCAUCUGCAUGCGGCCUUAUAUCAGGUCCGAGAACAAGGUUCAUGCCAUGUCAAUCAUCUCUCUCUGCUGUGCUGACUGCCUGAUGGGAAUAUAUUUAUUUGUGAUUGGAGCCUUUGACUUGAAGUAUCGUGGAGAGUACAAUAAACAUGCACAGUUAUGGAUGGAUAGUACUCACUGCCAGCUAGUAGGAUCUUUGGCCAUACUGUCCACAGAAGUAUCAGUUUUACUUCUAACUUUUCUGACUUUGGAAAAAUAUAUCUGCAUCGUCUAUCCUUUUAGAUGUUUGAAACCUGGAAAAUGCAGGACAAUUAUAAUCCUGAUUCUUAUAUGGAUUAUUGGGUUUGUGGUGGCUUUUAUUCCACUGAGCAACAAGGAAUUUUUCAAAAACUAUUAUGGUACCAAUGGAGUCUGUUUCCCCCUUCAUUCAGAACAGGGAGAAAGUACUGGCGCACAGAUUUAUUCAGUAAUUAUUUUUCUUGGUGUUAACUUGGCAGCCUUUAUCAUCAUCGUUUUUUCCUAUGGGAGCAUGUUUUACAGUGUUCACCAAACUGCUGUUACUGCAACAGAAAUCCGGAAUCAUGUUAAAAAGGAAGUGACCCUUGCCAAACGUUUUUUCUUCAUUGUGUUUACGGAUGCCUUGUGCUGGAUACCCAUUUUUAUAUUGAAAUUCCUUUCCCUGCUUCAAGUAGAAAUACCAGGUACCAUAACUUCUUGGGUAGUGAUUUUCAUUCUGCCUAUCAAUAGUGCUUUGAACCCCAUUCUCUACACUCUGACUACAAGACCAUUCAAAGAAAUGAUUCGUCAGGUUUGGUAUAACUACAAGCAGAGAAGAUCAGUCGAAAGCAAGGGCAGUCAGAAGACCUAUACUCCAUCAUUCAUCUGGGUAGAGAUGUGGCCAGGUCAGGAGAUCCCACCUGAGCUGAUAAAGCCUGCUCUUUUUACAGACUCUUGUGAAAUGUCCCUAAUCACUCAAUCAACAAGAACCAAUUCGUAUACAUAA